AUGCCGGCCACGUCUCCAAGCGCAUCGCACGGCAGCACGCAGGACAACGGGCAGGGCCGAAGGGAGGAAAGGAGACGGAGUCAUCGCACCAACAAGAACAGAUCAAGCGGAGCAUUCCUGCUCUCGGGUGCUCUCGAUGGAUCGCCACGGGAAACACACGAAGCACAUAAAAGACACCAAGCCAGGAGACACCAGGUCUCUGAUGUACAGGAGCAGCAGAAUGCGAGUACCACUCCCGACAGACCACAGGAGUCUGAUACGAUCCCUGUGCGAACCGAAAGACAUACCAAACAGGAGAGACUCAGUGUUCCAGGCUCCCAGCAGCCCGCGUCUCAUGGAGACACACCUCCUAGGUUGCCGUCGCAAGCAUCCAACACGUUACUGGAUUUGGAUUCUACGCAGAUUGUCAAUAUGGCCCUCAACCUCAGCGAGUCGAGGCGCUUAGCAGCGAGACGCAACGUGUCCCACCCACUGCCUCCACGCCUGGCCCCCUUGCCAGACAGUUCGGUCGGAGGCAGCCUACGACAGCAGCUGCAGCAACAGAGACGGACUUCAAGAACAGUAUCGCCCAAGCCUGAUCGAGGAUCGAGGAUCGUGUCAGGCCCAAGGCUGAGCAGCCCGCUGCAGUCUACCUUCGACCCCAUUGACGGGUCCUAUCGAUAUCACUUCUCCCAGUCGACAUUGUCCAGAGCUCAGAAGGCGAAGGACUACUUGGAGCUGCUGGCGCAAUAUCGUCGAGUCCUGGAACUCGUCCCGCCCUUGAAGCCAGAUAUGAUGGAGAGGAUCGCCACUACAAGUCCUCCAGGCUCGCCGGCGCAUACGAACCGAGCACAUUACUUUGGAACUACCGAUCCAGGUGCUGUCACCCUAGGCCGAGAAUAUAACCCUCUCCAGUAUAUUCGCAAUCGGAAGGUCAGAGCUCGUGAGAGAAAGGCUAUCGAUGGUGAAGGCCAAGGGUUCGGGGAUCUCACCAGGGUGACAGACUGGGUUGAUGGCGUGGCUAAGUGGGCUGCUACGGGCCAAAGCCAGACUCCCGGUGGCACACUACUCCCUCCAUUCGCAGGAGCUGAUGAGACUCUGAUGCACAGCUCUCCUCCGUCGAACUCGUCACGACCCUCUGUGGUCGUCAACAAGCCCAAACGUCCCCGUGUCGAUUGGGUCAUCGACCCGGCAGACAUGUUAGCAGACGUGUAUUGGCUCGAGCAGGGCGACAACAAGAAGCUGGUGGAGGACCGGGAUUGGCACAGAGUCUUCCCCCAGGAUCCAGAAAUUUACCGACCCAUCUCGCAACAGACAGAAGACGGCAAUGCUGCGACAGCCCCUAACCUUGUAAAGAAGGCAGAAACUAUCCCUAUAGUCGAGAAGUCGAUCGCAGACACAAACUCGCCCCGAGCCGAACAAGAACGUACACGCAAGACUCGGCACAAGCUUCAGCAUCUCCGGGGUCGCCACCACCGGCAGGGGAGUUCGGUCGCCUCCAAUGAUAUCUACAGGUCCCGCAAGGCUUCGUUUUCUGACACGUCAGACAGUGAUAGCGAUCCAAAACCCCGGCGACGACGGGUUAGGCAGGAUACCAUCACUGCUGGUGGCAAGGACAUCCUGGAGAAGCAGAUGGCAGAGAUGAUUGCCCUGGAAGAACGAGAAAAAGAGGCCAGGGAGUCGUACGAACUAGAAUUACAGAGAACCAAGUCAACUAACAACGACUUGACUACCCCUGACAGACCGCGAUCAGGUAGCUCAACGGGACCCAGUCGAGGUCCGAGCCGGCGAGGGUCACACGGAGCUGAACACAGUGGAUCAGACGAGAAGCUUCCCAUCGGACGGCCAGAGCUGGGCUCUCCGAUCAAGACCGGCCGUGCUAGUCUCGAAGUACCCGAAGUGCCCCUUACGGGCCGUCGACUAUCUGUGGACUACAACGUCUCACAGCCACCCUCGCCCGGUAUUCGCCCUAUAGAUGUUGGCUUCGUGCCUGGAAUCGGGGCAGACUUUACGCCCAGCUCGAGCAGACCUGGGUCCCCACCACGGAACCCUUUCAGCAAAGUCAAGAACAUCUUCCGCGACAGGAGUCGCGAGAGAUCCAUGGACCGCAGCAACGACAUCCAGGACAGGCAAGAAGAUGCACAUGCAGGCAAUAUUGGGGGCCCUGUAGACACUCCGGCCACGCUGUCGCCAACGCAGACCAGGGUCGAGAGGCGGCCAUCGCGUAGUCCUGCUCGCAAGAUCCAGUCCAAGGGCACCGAUGAAGGCCACAAAGCACAUCGUAGUAUCGGUAGCAUGCGCCUUCGCAGCGAAGAGUCAUCAGGUCUGAGGUCACUCCUCAAGACCGGCCCGCGUAUUGAUUCUGUCCUACGGAACGGCGUCUCCAAGGUCAGCGAGCUCUUCUGGCGCAAGGAAGACGACGACCAGACCUCCAACACCUCUUCCAGCGAGUCUGAAGAUGAGGCCAUCACGCGUGGCAGGUCUAGAGGCUCUGCCGUGCCCUCGCGAGCUACCUCUCAGAGACGCAACGACGAAACACUCAAGGCAAAGCACUAUCUCAGCGUCAUGCCGACAUUCCAAUCCACAAUGGCAUCUCAUGACAGGCUCAAUGCCAGAGACCAGUCCCCGAUAUCCCGACCUCCGAGCCGCCGGUCGUCCAGGUUCGACCUGCUCAAGCCACCCAAGAUCGACAUACAGAGCGCCUCGCCCUCCGACACACCGCCAAGGGAGCUGAGCCGCACUCGCGACGUGUCCACCUCGCAGUCGCGCAAGGGCAGCAUCGCGGACGACAACAGCCGCGCGGCGGGCGCCCGCCUCAACCACGUCCUCUGUCUGCCGGAGCCCCUCGCGACCCAGCGCUCGAGACACCUCUCGGCCUCGUCGCACGGCACGCGCCACUGGUCCCUGUCGGACCGCAGCCCGUCGCCGCACCCGGCGCAGGACGCCUCCCAGCUCUCGCGCCGCGAGGUCGCGCGCCUGCGCGCCAUGAUCCUGGGCUCGGGCAUAGUGGCCAACGAGAUCGCGCGGCGCGUCAAUGAGCCGCGCCUCCUGCCCGAGGCGUCGUCGUCGGCGUGCAGCGCCGCCACCACGGGCGCGCUCCGCUGGGCCGAGAUCGUGGCCCUCAGCCCGCAGCGGCGCGACGAGCUCGCGGGCCGGCCCGUCUCCCAGCGGGAGCUGUACACGGCGGCCGCGCGCGUCCUGGGCCAGUCGGUGCAGGCGUCCGGGCAGAGGUGGCAGGCGUCGGCGGACCGGUUCGCGGGCGAGACGACGCCCGCGCUGCGCGAGCGCGUCGAGUGCCUCCGGGGCAAGCUCGCGGCGGACCUGUCGGGCCUGACGCGGGCCGCGGCCGACGAGGCGGACGGCGUGGUCAACGACCUGCUCGAGGGCCAGCGGCUCAAGGUCAAGCGCGUCGUCGACGUCAUCGACAAGAUGUCGCGGCGCCGGCGCCGGCGGUUCCGCUGGGUGCGGCGCGCGGGGUGGCUCGGCGUCGAGUGGAUGCUCGUCGGGUUCAUGUGGUACGUGUGGUUCGUCGUCAUGAUCGCGCGGGUGGUCUGGGGCGUCGGCAGCGGGCUGUUUGCCGGGGUGAGGUGGUUGCUUUGGCUGUGA